CGUCCCCGGGCGCGCGAAAUUUCCAAACCGGCGGCGCGGCGCGAGACCAGCGGCCACGGGGGGGAGGGGAUGGCCCAAGAUAAUGCUGUCCCUAAAUUGAGCUUUCAGUAUUGGCUGGAUAAGGCUGUUGAGUGGGGUCAAACCACCACUUUGGAAUCCCAGCAAGAUGUCUGCCUUCACUUGCCUAAAUUACAGGAGUUUCUACAGCAGAUUUAUGAAUCCUUGAAACAUAUGAAUUCCACUACUGCAAUUCAGAGGUUCCCUUUAAUUGGUCAAUUACUAGGAAGACUUUGUUGGAAUCCCUUUGUUGUAGGAUAUGAUGAGAGCCAGAAAACUCUAAUGUGGUGCUUAUGUUGUCUGUACAGCAAUGAACCACAGAACCCUGUGGAAUUGAAGGCUAACAGCUGGAUACUGAGUUUGCUGUGCCAUCUCCUUUCUUCUUCUUCUGAAUGGGGAGCUAACGAAGUUGGUACUGGUACCUUUAUUUCUGCUCUUGGCUACACGUCUGCAGAUUACUAUUCUAAACUGGUUAAAAAUAUAGUCUUAUCAUUAGUGACAGAACUCAAAGGAAAUCAGUUCAAUGGACUUAACGUUCAAGGGAGAGUUUCAGAUAAUCAUGUAAAUGUAGUGUCCCUUUUCUGCGUCCCUCUUAUCACUUUGCCUGAUGUAACUCCUCUACUGGAAGCGCUCCUUACCUAUCAUGGAGGUGGAUCGCAAGAGGUUCUCAGCUCAGAGUUUUUAGAAGCUGUGAAUGAGACAUUUUUAAAGAAGAAGAUUGCCCUCUCUGAAUCAGCUAUCCUAAGCUUGUGGCUUCGUCAUCUGCCUAGCCUUGAAAAAGCAACACUGCAUCUUUUUGGAAGGUUGAUUUCCACUCAAACAAGUUCACUGGAAGAGGUAGCGUGUAUCAUAAGAGAGUCAUUACUGCCACAAGCAGCAUGCCACCCUCCCAUCUUCAGAAUUGUUGAUGAAAUUUUCAAGAAUGCACUACUGGAAACCGGUGGAACGCCAGAAGUAAUGACCAUAAUACAGGUGUUUACACAGUGUUUUGUUCAAGCUCACCAGAAGGAUAACAAGCAGCAUAAAUUUCCUCUGAAGGCCUACUUUCCUCCUCAUCAUCAGCAUCUUGUAAUAGCCUUACUCAAACAUCCUUUUGAUUUGCCAGCUACGCUCUGGUCUCAACACCUGAAAUACAUUACUGACAUGUUUAAAGCAAUAAUAGAAGAUAAAAGCAUUAGAUCUUACACUGACCUCUUUGAGAGCUGGUUUUUGUUUGUUCAUUUUGGAGAAUGGGCUGAUAUCGCUGUAGAGCAGUUGCUGAAGUCUGAAGAUGAAUCCGCAGAUACUUUUCUGUGGCUGCUGGCAUUUUACUACAAUCCACACAGUGAUAAAGAACAGAGGACUCAAAUUCUGGUAGAAGCUCGAGCAGUGUAUGAUCGUCUGAUGGUGCUCUUCAGCUGUACAACCCUCUCCAUCACAGAUCUGCAGGCUGCAGCUAGCACUAAAACAGAUAAAAGGCAACCUUGCACCAAACACCUUGUCAGGCAUCUUCUGAUUAGUUUUUUGCUCUUUUCUUCUGGUGGACACAAGAUUGCCCAAGAGUUUAUUUCGCAUGUGAUACUGGCAAGCAAUACAACCAAUGAAGUUUUUGGCCUUCUUAUACGUACUGCCUACAGGUUUAACCAACUUGGAUUAAAAAACCAAAGGGCUGUGAAGCUGGUGAAUGAACUUCUUCAAGAACUAAGAUUUACGGAUUAGUUUUGUAUUGUUGUCCAGAUCAACCCAGAGACUAGACCAGCUGAUCAGAUUUUUUCUACGGUAAAGUGUGAAAGGGAAGUCAGUUUUUUUUAUUUAUAUUCCCCCUUCCCCAUGUAUGAAAAUAGAAAAUGUUUGGAAAUGUCAUUCUGUUAGAAUACAGCAGUAAUCUUUAAAGAUGGUUGAAAAUGUUGUUCGUAAUGUUUUAUUUUACAAGGGACUUGUGUCAUCUAAACGCUGUUUAUUCACAGCCUCGUUGCUGACAUUAUGUCCUAGUUGUGGUCUAGAUUUUCUGUAAAUUCUUAGUCCAGGAAGUGCAGCUGUUAGGGGUGGAAACAAAAGCUAUAAUAAUAGGAAGAGGCCUUUCCUUCUGUAAAAUAAUUACUGAUAAUUCAAAACUACUGUUUGAAUGUUACAAGAGAGAGAUAAAGUUCAGAAAAAUUAUGUUAUUUACUAGUUGAUUAUUUCUAGCUGUUUGAGAGUAAUUUAACAAUUUGAUCCUGAAAUUCUGCUUCGGUGAGUCUAAGCCUGAUCACAGACAAGUGAUCAUUAAUGAUUCCUUCUGAAUAUGUGCUUCCAUGAAAUACAGUUUCAUGAAACUGAAAGACCAAUCAACUCCUUAAAUUCUUAUAAGUGAUUUUACAAAUUGAAACUCAUCUCAGAUUUACUAUAUGGCAUUCAUCAGAAAGUGUGUUCUUCCAAGGUAAUGUUCUCUCUAGUUUGUACCACAGGACUUUUAGCAAUGUCAAGAAUAUCGCAGAGAGGAUUUGGUGCAGAUUGUAAAUAGAUCUCGCUUUAAUGCUGGAGAUUCUCUAUAUCAGGAAGAAAUUCUUUACCCCAUAUUAGUUAAAGGAGGACAAGCACAAGAUAGGGUUAUGGGAAGUUGUUUCAGAUUUAAAGGGAAAAUUUUCAGAGGACCACAUAAUGGGUGUACCUGCAAAUCCCCACAUUUCUGUAUACAGACAGGUACACAAUGAAGUACAAAUUGCUAUUUGCCUGUAAUGACAGGGGUAUAGGGAGGGAUUGUAGCCCAUCCACUGUGCCAUCUUUUGAAAAUGAUCCAAAAAGUUUGUGAAACUAUUUAUACCUACCAUUAUCUAGAGAAAAAAAAAA